CUAGCUCCCUGCAGCCUCCUGCCUCACUGGGAGCUGGACUCUGGCUCCUAGUUGAUGCCAUCGUGGUGCAAGGGUUUGUCCUGCUUAACCCUGGCCCUCUGGGUUUCUUCUUAGGGCCUCCUCUGGUGCUGCGUGAUGGAUGGAAGCCUAAACGAUAACAGCAGCAUAGCAGCAGUAACAACCACAAGAAGAGCAACGCUAAUCACAGCAGUGGCAGUAACAGCUAUGUCAAUACCAACCAGCUCUACCCUGGCAGCAUUCAGCCCCGGGCCCCGCGUUUUCACCCGGGGCGCUGAGGGGCGGCGGGACGGACCCCCCCGCGGCUGUGUGCGGGCUGUUUUCCUCCUUCUUCCCUCUUCCAAACCCCAUAAAACUCUCGGCGGCGUUGCUCGCGGCUCUCUGCCCCUCGCUGUGGAAACCGCGGCCCCCGGCGGUGCGAGGCGGCGGGGGACGACGUGCCCGCCCGCCCGUCCGCCGAAAACGCCUCGUAUUUCCUCCUCGUUCGCUCCGGGAGAGGGGAGGGCAGGGCAGGCAGGGCCCGCCCCCGCCCGCAGCUCCGCCGCAGCCCUCCGGGGUGGCUCUGGGCCCGCCGGGGGACGCGCCCCCCACCCGGGGCCUGCGGCGGGGGCGCCGGAUAAAGCGGUGCCGGCCGGCCGGCCCCCGACGGGACGGGACCGGACGGGACGGGCAGGGCCCGGGGGGGGCCAUGGCGAGCCCCUUGCAGCCGCAGCAGGAGCUGACGGCUCCCGGCGAGCAGCGGCUGCUCUGGGGGAGCGGCGCGGCGGGGGCGAAGCGGCAGCCGUCGGGGGAGCGGGCGGAGGGGCUGCUGCUGCUGGAGCUGCGCCGCUGCCGACGGUCGCCGGCCCCCGGCGUGGAGGGGAAGGAAGAGGAGGAUGAGGAGGACGAGGAGGAGGAGGAGGAGGCGACGGCGGGCCCGGGCUGCUGCCCCAAGUGCAAGAAGCGGGUGCAGUUCGCCGACUCGCUGGGGCUGAGCCUGGCCAGCGUGAAGCACUUCAGCGACGCCGAGGAGCCGCGGGUGCCGCCCGCCGCCCUCUCCGUCCUGCAGAGCCCGCCCGUCGAGGCGGGGGAGCCCGGAGCAGCCCCGGGGCUUCCCUCCAGCGGGGCCCGGCCGCCGGCCGCCCUGCUCCUGGAGCCCGACUUCCCCGACGGCGGCGCGCCGUCGGCCGAGCGGCUGCGGCGGCAGCGGGUGUGCCUGGAGCGGCUCUGCCGGCCCGCCUCGGCCGCCGGCGUGCGGGGCACGGUGCAGGUGCUGCCGUGCGGCGGCCCCGCCGAGGUGACGGUGCGCUACACCUUCAACGAGUGGCUCUCCUUCAUGGACGCCCAGGCUGAACCCCUGCCCGCCGCCGCGACCCCUGCCGUCGAGCCGCCGGCCGAGCGCUACGGCUUCACCCUGUGCGUCCCGCCGAGCUCUGGGGAGGGCUCGGCCCUGCACUUCGCCGUCCGCUACCGCAGCCAGCAGGGCGAGUACUGGGACAACAACGAGGGCCGCAACUACACGCUCCGCUGGUGCCGCCGCGCCCCCGACGGCUGCUCCGACAUGGCGGCCGCGCCCCUCCACUGACGGGACGGGGGGGGGGGGGAGGCACACCUGAGGAAGAAACGGGGCAUUGCCGUGGCUCGCGGGGUCUUUUUUAUUAGUUUUUGGAGAAUACGAGGGGAUUGAGUGGCGUGUGGUUUGGUGUUGGUCUUGGUGACGCACUAUUUUCUUUUUUUUUCCUCGACGUCAUUUUCUGAGGCUUUGAUUCGGGCAUCACCUCACGACCUGAUCGCUGGAGCACCCGAGUGACACGAGCCCCACGUUUGCCGCAGAUGUAACACAGCACCCCGCUUCUCCGGCUUGCACAGCCCUUCCAGAGCCAUGGUGCUGUGAUAGCGGUGUUGUGCGUCGCCUUUUUAGCAUUAUUUUUUCAAUCCAGCGGUCUCCGCAACAAUAUGAUGCUCCCUAACGAGGGCCCCUGACGAACUUCAGUGCCUGCCCCACCUUGGCUGUGCCCCCAGCCUCAGAGCUGGGUCUGGGUCGGGGCUGCCCUGGUUUUUGUCACUCAACAGGCUCUGAUAGCACUCACAGCCUUCCCCAGGCUUGGGUGCGGAUACCUGUGUGCGUCUGGCUAAUAGCAGCCAACGGGGACUUCUGCAAAAGUGUUUUUGCUUAAAAUAGGCUGCUUGCUGCUUCUCACACAACUGACGGGCCUAAAAACGGGGCAAAGGAGGAGUUAAAAAUGUUUGCUGAUACUGAGUCUGUCAGGAGAACUUUGAUAACAACACCGUUGAGUAAUGUAAAGUAAAAGAUGGUGUCUGUCUCACA